CAAUGCCGCGAUCAUAACGAAGAUCUGAAACUCCACGGUGCGGUGCCCAGCUGCAAAAGAGAAUUGACUUACGGUAUUUUGCCUCACCUCAUGCAGAAGUGAAACCAGUUUCCUCAUUUGAACCCCAUGGUUUGCCUCUUAGAGGGAACUAGCAACAUCAAGGAAACUUGCUACUGGAUCUUGUAGGUACGAUGGGGAAAGUGCCUGCGCUGUGGUCCCUGUGUUUGCUCCUCAAUGGUUUUGUGUGGCUUUUUGUGAUGAUCGGAUCUGAGCAGCCGUGGCAGAAAGCGGAGGCGGUGCAUUCAGAGUAUUAUUGCCCUUGGCAGUGCUUGACUUUUGUCCAGAUGUGGCCAGGCUCGUUCUGUGUGGCUCUGGCCACCAGGUUUGAGUGUGUCCUGCCCAAGAAUGCCAACAGCUGGACCAUCCAUGGAUUAUGGCCCAGUGAUAUCACAGCAUGUUGUCGCUAUUGGUACCUCUUUCCCUCUGACUUGACGGAUCUGAUGCCUGACCUGAAUUGGCACUGGCCCAGCUUCAUCAAUCUCAGUAACUUCCUUUUCUGGGAGAAAGAAUGGCAUAAGCAUGGGACUUGUGGUGGCUGUGUCGAAACACUGAACUCCCCCAGUAAAUACUUCAGAGCAGCCCUCGACCUGCGCACCAAAUACAAUAUUGACAGUGCUUUCCAAAAAGCUCGAAUAGUCCCAUCUUGCAAUUGCAGCUACCAGCUCAGCUCCUUCCAAGCAGCAUUGCAGCCCACCUUGGGAGACCAAUACGAACUGCAGUAUGUGACUGACAUCCAGGAACGGCAAAUCUUGGUGCAAAUAAAGAUUUCUCUUUCCGCCAACUUCUCCACUGGCUGCAUUCAAAGCGGUUCACAUGAUGGCUCUCCAUACAAACCCUGCCAAGCACAAGAAAAUAUUUUUUAUUUUCCUCCCAACCUGGAAAAUCCACGCGAUCCUUGUCCCUGAUUUGAGACAACAGAAAAAAGAAAACUUUGAAAGGAAAUAGAGGCAAAAUAAAACAGAAAUAAAUCAUCUUAA